AUGAGUAUAAAAAUGAAAUUGAGUCCAACAACAGUAGCUUCAGAACCAGCCUCUCCAACAAAGAGUGAAGGGAACGAGAUGGAGGUCGCUCCAGAACUGGGCAGCCCGACUUUGCAUGACGAGAACAUAGGACUCUUUGAAAGAGGUCUUAAAACAAUGCUAAGCAUCCGGAAAUCCAAACGAAACAUGAAGAAAGAGAAAGAACAGGAAGGCACCGGCACUUUGAGGAAAAAAAGACUUUCUUUUCUGUCCUCCAAGAGCUAUGAAGAGAACAAAACCACGGUCCCUAACGAUUUGGAGGAGGUCAUUGAUACAAUAGAAACGGAGCCCAUUGAAGGAAAGCCUCUUUCAGUAAUGGAGAUAAACGAGCUUAUUCAGAAGCAGAAACUUCUGGAAGCAUUUGCAAGCAUCAAGUACAUGGAAGACGAGACGAUAGCCGAGCGGGAUGCAGACAAAUACAAGGACAACCCCCAGGAGUUUGUGAGGAAAACCAAGGAUGUGGAUUUGCUUUACAACUCCAUCAAGAGCAUGAUCCAGUCCAUCGUGGUGGGAACACUGGAGCAUCCCACUGUUGAAGAGGCCACGCUGGCCUCCCUGGUGACUUUAAUUGCCCGUGAAGAGGCAGCGCACCCCAACGUGGGCAGCGCUCCUGGGUUGGACUUGCUCGGCUCCCCCAGAAGGUGGAGGGAGGAGUGGAGGGAAGCUAUCAAUGAGAGCGCCAGAAAGAGAGUCCUGAGGGUACCCAUGGCCUCUAAGGAAGAAGAGAGCUCCUGGCUUGACCUCCACUUGUGUUUCCUCCAGAAACACCUGAGCGAAGACUUGCUGAAGAUCAAGUUGUCGGUAAAAAAGUGCUAUCCAGAGGAGUACCAGGUGUGUGACACCUACGUGGAGGCUUUCCACAAGGCCAUUGCCUCACACUUGCAGGAUCUCUCCCAGCGGGUGCUGGAGUCCAACGAGCUCUACUCCUUGCUCGACUGGGUGGCCAACACCUACCGCAGUGAACUCUUUCUUGGUCACCCUGAUCUCAAACCAGAAGUUAAGACAGAAAACCUGUCCCUGCUGCUCACACCGGCGGAUUGGGACAGACUGAAAAAUGACUACAUCACUUCUGUGAAGGGGAAAAUCAAGAGCUAUUUUGGAAACAUCCUGAGACUGGAGGUGACGGAGAAGUGGGAGAAGGAGGUUCACCCAGAGGUGGAGGACAACCUGUACCACUCCUCGCUCUCCUUCGACAUACAAACGAUCAUUGGGGAGCACAUGAAGAUUUCUGGAGCCAUCAGCAAAAGCCUGAGAGCAAAAACACUUGAGCUGUGCCUGGCUGAAUUGCACGAAUUCAUACCAAGGUUCGGGGAGGAGUUCAUGGAGUGGAACGCAGCCCGCGACAGCCCCGUGUUCGUGCCCUACUUGGCUGCCUACAUCAACAGCUUCCACCACCUGGUGUCAGGCUUGGAAACAGUGUUUAAAGUCAACACUGAAGAACUGCAAAAGAUUUUGGUGUCUCUGACAAGGAACUUCAGAAACAUGUUUCUAAAUAAAUUGAGAACAAAAACACAGCCACUCCUCAAGAAAAUCCUGACCAAGGACUGGAUUUUGGCAACGGAAAAGCCGGACUCACUGGCUGCAGCGGUCUCGCAGUUCUCCAAGCACCUGCAGCAUACGAGGCAGCCCCUGGGGCAGGAGCUUCUACGUCAUGUUCAUAAGUAUGUGGUGAGGGAAUACAUUGUUCAGGUGAUCAAACCCAGGAGGAAGAUGAACAGGGAGACACGGCAGCAAGUAAGCGAAAGGAUGAACCAGGAAGCCAAAAUCCUUAAUAACGUGCUCGUCGACCAGGGCUCUGACUCCGACUGGCUCCUUCCUGCCAUACAUCACAUCGCCAAUAUCGUUGGGGAGAAGAAAAAAGACAGGAUCAAGGAGUAUGUCAAGGAACUGAGUCAGGAUUACCCGGACAUCAGGAAGGAGCACAUCCUGGCCAUCCUCCUGCUGCGGGGCCUGGGGUACACCAGGAGAGCGGCAAUUUUUCGGCAGAGCUUUCACUGCGCACCUGAGUGCCCCAACGGCAGGGGUGAAAACACACUCUUCGAUGAAAUCGAUGUGUCCACAGUCAUCAGCUGCUUCUGA